AUGCAGUUCCCCAAAGACCCUUCGGAUGAGUCAAUUCAAUUUUCUCUUCAAAAUUGCCUCGAGCCAUUUCCAUUGGAGCACCAUGAAUACAAGACCGCUGUGGCUAAUAUUGCGACUUUACUGAAGCCUGGAGGCCAUCUCCAAUGGGAAGACCUUGAGCACAAAUACAUGCUCACACACCCCGAAAAGCAACACCAAGCCCUUCCCAGCAUGGACACGGUACGCCUCUGCAUCCAAGGUCAGAUUGACCAUGGCACAAGCAGCAACGCACCCGAAAGUAUUGUAACAGCUGCUGAAUCCGCGGGAUUUCGAAGAAUCUCCAGAACGGACUACAUGACUCGCGAUAGACCCGACCUGUGGCCUAUGACUAACGAGUGGAUUGAUAACGUGUUUGAGACGUUGUCAAGAUUUAUUCUGAGGGGGAAGAGAGAUGUCGCUGUUGCUUUUAAUGAGAAUUUGUGGAGGAGUGAUGAGGAAAUUGAGGAAGAGAUUAAGAGAAGGAUGCAGGAUCUUAAGGAUGGGCAUGAGAAGGGUUUUGUUGUGCAUGCGAAUGUGGGAAUGGUGCUUGCGCAGAAGUCGCGACUGUCUACUUGUAGUUUGUAG